AUGUCUGGGAACAAUUUGAAUGGAGAGUGCCCAGUUCCGUACUACCAGGAGUCGCUCUUUGACCCUGAUGGUGGAUUUCUCGGAGGACGCCUCUGCCAGGAGUUGGGCAAUGUUACCUGCUGCCUGCCAUGUCCACAAGCAUCGUGGAUGUAUGGAGAAGAGCUGCAGGAGCAAACGAGAAUCGCAAGCUGGGUCUCCGUCGCCGUAUUGCCGCUCUGCGUAUUCCUACUCGUGUCGUAUGCGGUUCUGCCGGCAAAGCGAACACACCGUCACUAUCUGAGCAUCUGCUUUACCCUGGGCAUUUGCUGCAUGCAGAUCGCCUUCAUCAUCCCCCUCGGUACGAAGCCGGACCAAUGCUACAAUGAGAUCACGCCCCGAGAUAUGUACUCCAGCGUAUCUUGUGCCUUUACCGGCGCAAUGCUGCUCUUCGGCGGAUGGGUGGUUGUGGUGUUUAGUUUUAUCCGCACCAUUGCAUUCCAUCUUCAAGUUUGCUGGGAGGUGAUUCUCGGGCCUCGGUUUAUGUGGGGGGCAUUCAUUUGUGGUCUGGGAGUACCCGUCAUCGGAACAUCGGUGAUGCUUGCCCUGACAGGAGUAUCGUUCCGUUUUGGCGAUGUGUGCCAUAUAAACAUCGAGAAGAGUUUGCAGGACUACUGGAUACCUAUCAUAGCAUUCUCAGGCGCAGCCCUUAUUAUGCAAUUUAGCACCAUGGGGUACUGCGUGCACAUCUACAUCAAGUCCCUUUACGAUACUGCGUCGACCACCAACAGCUCAAACAUUCCAUCCUAUACCGCCAGCGCCGUCACUCUCAGCGCUCGUCAAGCAUACCGCCGUGUCCGCAAGAUCCUCAAGUUACAAUGGCGAAGCAACUGCCUCGUUCUCGUCAUCCUCGCCAACGUCCUCAUUUUUGCCGUGAUCUUCAUCAAAACAAAUAGCCAGACGGAAAUGACGCCAGCGAACGUCGAAAAGGCCCUGCCGUGGCUCAUGUGCCUCGUAACAAGCGAGGGAGAUGCUUCACAAUGCUACGACAAAGCCAGGGAUUUCGGACCAAACAAAGCAACUCUGCUCACACUUCUCAUUCUCUUGACUCUGGUCGGCCUCUGGAACUUUGUCCUAUUUGCGCGCCCUUCUAUGUUCCUUGGAUGGUGGGACUUGCUAUUCCGUCCCAAUGACCGCGCUCAAUUCGAAUUCGUCUCUGCGGACGCCCGCAAAAAGCGCAGCGACGCAAGCAACUACGAAAUGCUAUCACCCUUCAAGAAUCCCGAGCCGUAUGCAGAGCCAUACGCAGAACCCUACGUCCGGGCCCCAAGCCCCGCGUACACCGCACGGACAAUGAGUCCGGACCUGAACAACCACUACGGUCGAGACGCACGAUACGUACGGCCAUCGAUGAGCUUUUCCGGGCCACGCCCACCAACGUCACCAGGACGAGACUGGGAUCCCGCGUCUACAUUUGCGCCGGGCAACCGAUGA